AUUUUGAGUGGUCAAAUAGUAAAGACCAGCACCAAAUAGGAUCAAAAGCGCAAACGACGCCCUUGUAAAUGCCACUCCUCCGUCGCGAACCACCACUAGUACUACCACCAACCACCAAAACCACCUUUUACACAAUAAACAAUGCUGACCCAUCUCCUCCAAAAGCUAAACCACCCACCACCACCAUCCUCAUCCGCCAUAAAACCACUUCAUCCGAAUACGUAUCUUCAAGAAACCGUGACCCAACUUACGAAAAGCUAAUGGACAAAUACAAAAACCUCUUUAAAGUCAUCUCAAUUCAAGACCUCAUCCUCGGCACAACCACUAACGCCGUCUCCAUCGACUUCCUCAACCGUUUAUCCCAACGCCUCCAUCUCAACCGUGGUGCCACUCAUUUCCUCCGUAAAUACCCUCACAUUUUCCAUAUUUUCCAUCAUCCCACAAAACUACAACCUUAUUCUACACUCACACAAACUGCACUUAAUAUCGCUCAUCAAGAAGGUGCAGCUAUUAAUGCUGAUUUGCAAGUUGUGGUUGACCGUUUAGUGUGUUUGUUGUCGAUGUCCUUGACUAAAGAAUUGCCCCUUAGAGCUAUUUUUAAGGUUUUUAGGGAACUUGGGUUGCCUGAUGAUUUUGAGGAUAGUGUAAUCUUGAAAAGAUCUGAUCUUUUUGCGGUUCUUGAUAGUAGGAAUGAACCGAACACUCAUGUGUUGAAACUUGUUGGGGAUGCAGAGAAGGGGGAUUUAGUUGCAGCUGUUGAUGAGUGGAGAGUAAUGGAAUGUUGUAAAGAGGAUUGUGGGGUUGAUAGGAAUGAGAUUUUGUAUAGUUUUAAGCAUAGUUAUCCACCAGGGAUGAAGUUGAGGAGGAAUUUUAAGACAGAGGUUAAGGAAUGGCAACGGUUGAAGUAUGUAGGGCCGUAUGAGGCGGUGGAGAUUGGAGAGAAGAGGAAGAAGAGUAAGAUUGGGAUAAUGGAGAUGGAGAAGAGGGCGGUUGGGAUUGUGCACGAGUUUUUGACUUUGACAGUUGAGAAAAUGGUUGAGGUAGAGAAGAUUAGUCAUUUUAGGAAGUGGUUUGGGAUUGAUUUGAAUAUAAGGGACUUGUUUUUGGAUCAUCCUGGGAUAUUUUAUCUGUCGACGAAAGGGUAUAGACAUACAGUGUUUUUAAGGGAGGCUUAUGAAAGGGGAUGCCUGAUUGAACCAAAUCCAGUGUAUGAAGCUAGGAGGAAGCUUCUUGAUCUUGUUAUUUUGGGACGACGUGGGUUGUCUAGAGGUCAUUCUGAGCCAACGGGUGUGAGCCAGGGUGAAGACGGUGGUAUUGAAGAGGUGAAGACUGAUUCAGAUGAAGAUUGAAUUAUCGAGAGCUUGCGGCCAUACCUUAAAUGCAGGAUGCUAUGCAAUUGCUAAAGGCCCUGACAGAAGGGAUCAUAGAAGUCGAGAAGUGUUGAACAAAUUCUUAGCAAAUAUAAGAUGGAGGACAGUCCUUGCAGUCAUCUCUUGAUUUCUCCAUGUUGAAAGAAAAAAAGCUAUAAGCUGUAUUUCUGGUUCAUUGAUUUUGUCCUAUUGCUGACCUUCAGGGAGCUGUGUAACAUCUGCAUUAGCGGAGACCAUCAUCAGCGAGAAUAAAUUAUCCUCCAAGUAGUAUAGAGACCUGCAUUUGAGAAAAAGGCGGAGUCUCCUUUACUAAUUACAAUUGUAACAUCGCUGCAAGACAUGCUUCUUUGAAAUGGAUGACCUGUGCAAGUUAGCAAGUGAAUGUUUAAUUGAUAUUUUAAGAGAGUUGCUCAUCUUUGGCUGAAGCAGACGCAGUAAUACUUGUAGCGCACUGCUUUCUGAACUAUAUCUUUGGCUGAAGCAGAUGCGGUAAUACUUGUUGCGCACUGCUUUCUGAACUAUUUCUGAACUAUGUCCAACUCUGUUUGGUUGUCACAAAUCUACUUAGCCAAUGUAGAUACCAGCUCCACUUGUAACUUCUAGAAGCUGAUGUGAAGGGAGUCUGAGCAUUAGUGUAUCAUUUUGGAAAGGGAAGUACAGAUCCCGCAUGAUUUGUGGGGUGUGGAGCAAUUCAGAUGGAUGCUUGAGCGUCAUUGAGUAUCUUACUUUGCUCACAAAUAAUCGCGGUCACUUAAGUAUUAUGCUCUGCAUGUUGUGUUGUACUUUACUCUCAAAUCCUAGCAGAGACAAAACCAUGGGUGUUUUUGUCGAUCUGCCUAAGCCUUGCUAUCUUUGCCAGGAGGAGGUAGCAGGUACCGAGUGAGAUAGUCGAGGUGCAUGCAAGUUGAUUCGGACACCACCUUUGGGUCUUUCUUCCCUCCUUGUUAUAUUUCCUGCAUUUGAUAAUUGAUAUUCCCACUCUUCCAUUCCAUUUUCAUGCCAUGCUUUGAAUUAGCAUUUGUGCUUUGAGUCUCUUACAUUCAGCUUUCUUAUAAACCUUCAAGAGUAGCAAAAUUCAUGUUGCCACUUGCCAGGAUAA